GUCCAACAGUCUAUCUGUUAGUUCAGUGUCUGCCGACACGUUACCGGUAGCGGCAGUUUUGAACUCCGUAUCAGUCAUUUUGUUACUUAUAGCCCUGAACGCUUUACAUAGUAUGUGUCUGAAUCCGUUGGAAAAGAGGAAGCAGCAGCAGCAGCAGAAUAAGCGCUAACUACUAUAAACUCAAGUAUUCUUCUAGUCCAGCAGAAUCAGUGAAAGAUACGUUUCUAAGCUGUGUAUGUGAAAGAGAUCCAAACAGAUAGACAAGGAAAAGCUUCAAAUCAUGUUUUAAGUCAACACAGGAUUAUGGGUCUCAUCAUACACCCCUGCCUUCUGUAUUGCCAAUUGAUGGUAUCAAGAGGUCAGGAUUUGCUUCUUUUGAUGUCCAGGAACUUCUUAAUUAAUUCCACACUGAGCAGGCUUAUUUCUUUACAGUAAGUUAUACGCCUACAAAAGCAUGAUUUCAAACGCAUUAUGUAACAAUUUCACCUGCAAUGACACCCUCACUGUGAAGGGAGAGGGCAAGCCAGCAACCAGCAUCAUCAUGUUUUUGGCUGGUGUGGUGGGAAACCUCCUGGCCCUCUUCAUCCUUGGUGUUCACCAGAAGGAGCAUCGCUCCAGGUCCUCCGUCUUCAGCAUCCUGGUAACCGGCCUGGCCCUCACUGACCUGCUGGGCACCUGCCUCCUCAGUCCACCUGUGUUCAUCUGCUAUGCCCGCAACAUGUCCCUGAUAGGUCUGGGUGAAGCAAGACUGUGCAACCUCUUUGGCUUUGCCAUGAGUUUCUUCGGCCUGGCGCCCACACUCAUCCUGUGCGCCAUGGCUGUGGAGCGUUGCCUGGCUAUCAGCCACCCUUAUUUUUACUCUGUACACAUCCGCCGCAGCUUUGCCAAGCUCACCCUUUUCUUUAUAUACUUCUUUUCUUUGGCCUUCUGUCUCCUGCCAUACAGCGGCUAUGGCAAAUUCAGACAGUACAGUCCCGGGACAUGGUGCUUCAUUGACAUGGAUGCGACAGGGGACGAGAAUGCUAACUUGGUGCUGGCCUUCUCUCUGUCCUACUCCUCGCUCAUGGCAUUGCUGAUCUUUGCAGUGUUUGUAUGCAAUGGUUCAGUGAUUGUCAGCCUGUGCAAGAUGCACCGGAGCCAGAUGAUGCGGCGCAGCUCAGUUGGGUCGACAGGGAGAAGGAGGAGACUGAGCCUAGCCUGGUUCGGACAGGGGGAAGAGGAGAUGGACCACCUGGUGCUGCUGGCACUCAUCACUGUCAUCUUUGUGGUCUGCUCCCUGCCGCUCACUAUUGCAGGUUUUAUUAAUGCCAUUCACCCAUUUUGUGGCGACAAUGAAAACUUGACAGCCUUCCGCUUCUACGCCCUCAACCCCAUCGUGGAUCCUUGGGUCUUCAUCAUCUGCCGCAAGUCUGUGUUUCGCCACCUUUGCACUCUGCUGAGCUGCCGCUUCAGCAAAGGAGCUGUGAAGAAUACAGCACACUGCGCUCUGUCUUUACCCCUUGACAGUCAGAUACAGAGCAACCCCCCAGAUGUGACAGUUCCACAGACCAACACGUACUCCAGUUUACCCCAGUGACCUACCAGAAAAACUCUGAUGGACUGGAGGCUGGGACAUUUCUAUGUCUGAUAAAACAUUGGAGCAAAGUUGUAAUUGUGAUUCACAUAAAGAACUCCUGACCUUCACUCACUGACAUAAGGCACGAAGACUUUGAAAAGAAGCAUCUGUUACAAUGGAAAUGUUCCACAGUUUCUCUAUGAACUUACUUUGGGGGGGGGGAUGGUUGCACUAGCUCUUAUAUGUCAACUGACUGAUGGAAACUGUUUCAAUGUUGCAAGGAGAGUCGUGCCAUAAAACAAACAGCACUGUAAUUUAGCACUAAGGAACACAUCAAACCAUAUCAAGCCUAUGAAUAAUAUAGCCUACUGUAAAAUCUGAAUAUAUGCACUUGGGUAAAGCUAUAUGGGUAAACUAUAUGCAUGAAUGUAUACCGUCUUCAUCUUUUUAUCAGUCUUUUCUGUCAAAGACAUCCAGGUAACUCUUGAUAAAAGCUUGUCCAUGUCCUUUGACACUGAGAUGCAGGUCAUACUCAACUUGAUGAAGCUGACCACGCUUGUACACUUUAUUUCAGUACCUGUCAACACUGGGGUCGAUGAUAUGUUAAUCUGGAUCACUUGAUCAGAGAUCUGACAAAAGAGAGACUUAUUUUAUUCAAGCAAGAAGAAGUUUUAGAGAUAUAAUGGGUUGAUUUCCAAGGCAAGUGUCUAUUAAACCAUUAGUAGGCCUUAAUCUAAUGUUUUAUUAAUGUAAUAAUUAACCAUGUCAAAAAAACUAAGCCAUGCUAGCGGGUCUGUGAGGCUGCACUAAGGCACAGUAAUGCUUUUAGGUAAACAGUAGCGUCAGCAUGCUAACAUGCUCACAAUGGCAAUGCUGUAUGCUGAUCUUUAGCAGGUAUAAUGUUUUCCAUGUUCACUCUAUCUUAGUUUAAGGUGUUGGCAUGCUAAUGUUUGCUAUUUAGCAUUAUAAACACAAAGUUUAGCUCAGACUAAUGGGAAUUUCAUUAGUUUUCUGGAUAUUUGGUCAUAAACCAAAGUAUUGGACAACUUGAUAUUUUGACCAAAUGAUGAAAAGUUAAGAGACCACCAAAGUUAAACAAUUUAGCAUGAGGGGAACAUGAAUGUCUACCAAAUUUUAUGGCAAUCCAUCCAUUUGUCAAAAUCACAAAUGGCCACCCACCAUAUGAUGGUGCUACAGGAAAAGUCAGGGGGUCAUCAAAGUCAUUAGGAUUUGUUGAUGAUGUACAAAAUUUGGUGCCAAUCCAUCCAGCAGAUGUUGAUAUUUUACAGGACACUGUAGAUAAAAACUUUGAUCUGCUGAUGGCACUAUAGGAACAGUCAGUGUAUCACCAAGGUCAGUAGGAUUUAUCCUCUGGGAUCAAUCUCUGUGCGAAAAUCCAUGACAAUCCAUCCAAAAGUUAUUUCAGAUAUUUCAGAUAGGACCAAAUAAAUUGCCACAAAAAAGUGUUUAUCUAAAACACAAAUCUUGAAUUUGGAUAAGUUACUUGACUAUAGAGUGCAAGUCUAGGUUCCAGCUUUGUUGCUUUUACAUCAUUAAUAUAAAAUGGUCUUGGAAAUGGUCUUACUCCUAUCAGUAAAUACUUUUCUGACUUUCGGUGCUUGUUGGUCUUUGUUGUAUAUGUGUCCCCCUGACAGACAGCAUUAAACUUUUACCAUCUACUCCUCCACCUGUGAGACGCUAGCGCUAUGAAUAGCCUUCACGGCUUGCUAGUACUAAGAAAAGUUACAUGAAUCUGAUCAUCUAAUAUAUAUAUGGGUAGAUAAGAAUCUCAUAUUUUGCUCAUUGUGGUCAUUUUCAAAAAGAACCUUAAAAAUAUGGCAUCUCUAUACCUUUAAAGACAUCUGGAAGACUAGCAAUUUGAUAAAUCAAACAUACGCAAGAGAAGAGAGAACACACUGUCCUUUAACUUGCAAUAAACUUUAUUAGUAAUCUAAUGACGUUCAUAAGUAAUCUAAUGACGUUUAUUGCAAGUAAAAGGGACAGUGUGCUGGAAUUCUCUCUUCUCUUGCCUAUUGACAUUUCUCCCUACGCACUUGUGAACAAGAAACUGAAGGUGUGCAUGAGCCUUUACAGUCAAUAAAUCAAACAUAAAAAUAGUCUGUUUUUAUGUUAAAGAGUAGAUCCAAGGUUAAACCUGCCCCUUCAUUAAGUCCUGGUGUAACUCAUGUGACUCUCCUAUCUCUAAAUCUAAGACUAGGCUAAAUCUACAACUUCUGUAUUCCAAACCAUGUCUAAGAUUUGAGUUAAUCAGGUUUAAAAGGCUUUAACUUUCAGUCCAGAACUAGGUUUAAUCCAUGUUCCCUUCCAACCCAUAAUGUCACGGUACAUGAACACUUGAUGCCAUCUGUCCCUUUCAUCUUCACUGAUUUCUAAACUACCUGUGAUGAUUGUGAAUGUUCCUCUAAGAGCCUCUUCGGUGCUCUUGCUUUUUGAAAACCUCUGCUGCUGCAAAGUGCACUGUGAGAAUUUGUCUUUUGUUGUUGUUGUUGUUGUUGUUGUUGUUGUUGUUGUUGUUGUUGUUGUUGUGACUAAUAAUGCUAUAACUGCAUUUCAAUGUAGUGCAUUUAUGCCCCUUCACUUUGCUAAGACAUUGUAUAUCCUGAAAAAAUUGUGUAUGUGUUGGUUUAUGUGGUGGAGUGCAGAGAUAAAGUACAGUAUAGGGAUAACAGACAGGGUGACUGUUUUUUUUGGCUGUGUUGCACAUUCACUUUACAUUUUGUAGUCUUUCAUGCUCAGCCAUGCAUGACCCAACUUAAGUAAGAGACACAUUACCACAUUUCGUUCUUUGAGGAUAUUUGAGUCGUUACGUCCAUUAAAAUGAAUGAAAGAAUACAGUUUUUGAAAGAUAGUAUUCGUUCUAUGGUACACAUUUUGUUCAUGUGAAAUUAAAUAUUGACAGAGAAAAUAA